CUCCAGAGAAAUACGGACCAAAUCCCCCCCGAGAGAGAGAAGGUUCCAACAAUGUCCCAGGAAGAAGGCAAACAAAUGGAGGUUGAGUGAAGAAGGCGAAGAAAAGAAGAAAAAAACGUGUCUCCUCCUUCGCCUUGGAGUGGAUUGGUUCAGCUGGUCAUGUUAGCACCUCCAUGUGCAGCCGGUGGUGCAGUGUGUUGUGGAGUUCCGGUGCUUUUGUUACUGCAACCCCACCUGCUGCUUCCCCCACUGCCUCCCCUGCUGGCUACAUAAGGUGCGACUAGCAGUGCCACGGGGAAGGGGAGGGUGCCAAAGGGUGGAGGAAGUAGGGGAGAGAAGCAGGAACACUGGGAAGGGGACGCCAACCAUCGUCUGGGUCAGGCAGUACAAACAGCAGCAGGAUGUCGAAGCCCCCGUCUGACAAGCUCCCGACCUUCAAGCUGGUGGUGGUCGGGGAUGGUGGUGUGGGCAAGUCGGCCCUCACCAUUCAGUUCUUCCAGCGGCUGUUUGUCACUGACUAUGACCCAACCAUCGAAGACUCGUACAUCCAGCACACUGAGGUGGAUGCGCAGUGGUGUAUCCUUGAUGUGCUAGAUACUGCAGGACAGGAAGAGUUCAGUGCAAUGCGGGAGCAAUACAUGCGUAAAGGAGAUGGUUUCAUGUUGGUCUAUUCGGUCACCGAUAAGCAGAGCUAUGAGAAUAUCCCACACUUCUACACACAGAUUCUGCGUGUUAAGGAUAGAGAGUCGUACCCGAUGCUUCUAGUGGCCAACAAGGUGGAUCUGGUACACAUGAGGAAGGUGUCUGAGGAAAUGGGCCGGGAACUCGCUCACAGGCUGAACCUCUCCUACAUAGAGACUAGUGCGAAGGAUCCACCACUCAAUGUUGAUUCGGCAUUCCAUGAGGUUGUUCGCAUCAUCCGGAACUCUCCACCAGUGUACGGGCCUCCAAAGGGCAAAGGGAAGGGGAAGUGCGUGAUUAUGUAAGUGCUUUAAACCUGAGUUUCAUCCACCACCCAAUGUAUGCUAUCGGUUCACCAAGUAAAUCCAAACCAUGAUUGUACAAAGCUUUUUGGGCAUUGAGAUACUGAAUUCUUAGAGAUGUGUUCCCCCUUUUCCGAAAUUUCUUCUGAGUUUUUGUCAUUGCGGAAAGGACGAAAAGACGCCUGAGUUGACAUUGGGUUGGAGGACAUCACAAAGGAGUGGGGCAGUGUGUGGAUCAUGAAAAAUAACUUCAAUGUUUUGUGCCAUAAGUUCCUGAAAGGGCAAGACCGGGAUUAACACAAGCUGCAGCUUACACCUCCCCAUUGACAACGUGAUGCACUGAUUGCAGCUACCUUAUAUCUGGUAACCAAAGCUGUGACACUCCUUUGGGGUGAGUUUUUUUUUACAGUGGAUUUUUGUGUUAUGUUUCCCAUAUAGCUGUUGGGUUGUAUGCAAUCUUAUAUGUGUUUUCAUCAUGUAUGUACCAGAUUAACAAUUUUAUUGAACAGUUGAUUGAGUAUUUUAGCUAAAACUUUUUUGGUGUCAAGUGUGGCUUGAGUGGAUAUUACAAAAUUCUUGAUCAUCGUAGAUGGUAAUUUUGUGUAAUGUUGUGUUUUAAUUCAAUAUUAUAUGUUGUUCAGGUAUGGGUACCAUACUUUACAGAUGCAUAUAAAUAUAUAUAUUAAUGCACUUUUAGUAUUAUCAACAAGCUUUAAAUUAGUUGUUUAACUUAAUCUUUCACAACAUACCAAAGGAUAAGGAGGAUUCUGCUGCAAGCACCUCCAUUACUUUUUAAAAAGUUUUUAUGAUUUUACUGGUGGAUUUCACCUGGAAUAAUUUGUUUUGAGGAUAUGAAUUUAUCCUUUACAUAGAGGAUUACUAAAUUAUUGUUUCCUCAGCUCAAACACAAGCACAAAUAAGAUGUCUUUACUGGACAUUCUACAGGAGUGCUCAAAUUACCUAUUUUCAUUUGAAUUGUAUUUAUUCAAUUGAGCUUAUUUUACCAAAUACAUGACUGUAAUUUCACAGUGGAUCUAAAUGUCAGAUGUAAUAGCUCUCUUAGCAGAUAUAUAUUUAUGAGUAUUCUUAUUUGACUGAAAGCAACACAAACAAAAUGUGUUUUAAAGAAGAAAAUCUGGCCUAUGAGGUAAUGUUGUGUAGAUCAGUUGUCCAAAAAGUAAAAAAAUAAGACGUAUAAAGCUAUAAAAAAAAAAAGUAAGUCUCAGGCUUUGGGAAGUGUACGGCAGAAGCUGUGGAAGGAAAGGUUAUUGUGCUUGUCUGUUGUGUUGUGUCAGGUACCCCUUCUCCCCCAAGUUGGCCCCCCCAAGCCCUCACGACUCCCCCCUUGAGUAGGUUUGGUGGGGGCCCAUGGGGUAAGGCACAACCCUUCGUGUUCCGUAGUCAAGAAGCGCCCUCACAUUCUAUCUUCGGGGAAAUAAUGCUUUGAAAAAAAAGUAUAUUAUUGCUUGAAUAAAGGGUAUUACUGUUCCCAAGAAACAAGCAACAUAAAUGCCAAAAAAAAAACAAAAAACGUUGAUUGAGUCAUUAGCUUCUGCCGAGUGCUUGCCAGGUCCAGGUCAUUAGUUUCUUGAAUAGGCCCAGACACUUGGAUUAGAUAUGUUAUUUCAAAUAGUUUUCUUAGAAGUCUUCAGGUUGUACUUAUGGAAGUGUGACAUAGUGACCUCUAAAUAGUAAUGUUUCUCAAUUAAUUGUGUUUCCUGGCUGAAUUAUACUGAAAAACAAAAGCAAAAACAAAAAUAAACUCAUUGAAUAGUCAACACUUAGGGUCACAAUGUAGUAGAUCUCUUAGCUUUCACAAAGUUUCAUGUAUACCAGCUGAGGUGCAUUGGAUGUUCUCCAGCGUAAAUGAUUCUACUACAACUUCAAUUGGCACUUAAUUUGAAAAGCAAAAAACGUGAGCUGAGUAACGUUAGCAGUAAUGGAAGAACUCUCUGUGGACCAAGAACAAAAUAAACAUCAGAAGUCCACCAGCGUUUAAAAGUUUUGGAGAAUGCCAGACCCACUUUGUUCCUCCCCCGGUCUCUCUGGGCACGUCUGCGCUGGCUGCCCUUCAGCAUCAUCUCCCCCGUAAGGCUGGUGGGCAGUGAGUCCCAGGCGGGGCGGAGAGAGACAGGGAGGGGUCCCACUUCUCAUUUGGUAUUAUUCCACAGUAGAAUAAUAGGACCUUCCUAGAGAACUGUUGUAAACUCUAUUUUUUUGUGAAGUACAUGUUGUAUGGAUGUCCCAGAUAUUAUGAUGAAUAUAAUAGUUAAUAUAAUUGCAGUGAAAACUGUUCUCAUAGUGUGCCCUUGACCAAUGAACGCAGCCUUCUGGAGUUGGUGUUCAAAUACCCCACUCAAGCAUCAUCUCCAGAGGCAUUGCUAGCUCUAUAGUUCAAGGCAAGUGGUGGUGUGUACUAUUAUGUAAUUAUGUGUCCAGAUCUGUAUUUGCUGUAAAAAAUGUCAAAAGUGAUUUAAUGUUCCUCUUGUCAUUAGUCAUGGCUCAGUCCUGAGUGGUUUUAAAAGUCUGUAAGGAUGUUUAUAACUGUACCCAAGGCUUUUUAAUGCUCAAACCCACAGAGAAUAUGGUUGUGGAGCUUAGCACAAUCUUCUUGUGUAAUUAGUGCUACAGACACACAGUACAUGGUGCAUUGAUAUGCAUCGUAAUUUACAGAGUUUGAUAUGAAAUGGUUUUGGUUUGCCCUGUACAAGAUUUCACCUGUGAGAAUCAUAGGGCACAGUUACCCAUCUAGAAAAGGACGGUAACUGCAUGUGCACUGUAACUUUUGUGGAAAGCGACCUGGCAAGAAAAGUGUAAAUAUGUGUGGAUUUUGAUAUUUGACAAAAAGCUGAUUGAAUAUGUGGUCUUAACACAGACACACCAUUGAGAAGUGCUUAAUGAAUGAUGUCAACAGAAGAUGGCAUUGGAGUGACUUCCAGAAAGCUUUAUUGAGGUUUGUAAAGAAUAGGAAUGAAGCCAUUUUAUAUUACUGUAUUUGAGAAGAAUAUCUUUAAAAGGAUAUGAAAUUGUACCAAAGAAUCUGUUGGUCAUUCUGAACAGAUGAGUUAGUAAUACAAUAUUAGCAGCAGUAUUAAUUAAACUGUUUCUGGACUAAUAAAGAUCAGAUGUGACAUGUUUGUCGGUGUAUUGCGCAUACAACUUGAGCCAGACUGCCAUUAAAAGUAAAUGUAGUA